UCCGCAAGCCGAAACUUCAGUUUAGUUUACUAGCGGUCCUCGAGUCGUAUCCUCCGCCGCGGCCGGCACACGGAAACGAAUCGCGGCCCGCCGAAAAGGGAAACAUCAAAGAGAGCAAGAGAAAAAGAAUAAUCGGGGCCCGCGCGAGUCGCGAAGCGAUGAUGUGAAGCGGCUGCGGCGACAUACGGAGGAAAAACACAAAAUCGCGAGUCGAGAGAAGGAGAUCGCGCAUUCUUUUCGCCCGUUUUUCCCUGCCGAGUCCAUUCGUCUCUAACUUGCGGAGAAAACUGACGGCAUCGUAGAACGAAAUUUUAAUAUGCUCUUAUGAGAAUCGUCGUCGAGAGAAGCUGCGAACAGACACGUCGGCUGAGAGGGUAGAGGACCGAAGGACGGGAAGACAGAGGUCGAUAAGGACGGGACGGCGAAGAAGACGCGAGAAUGAGAUACAAGGUAAAUGACCCGGAGGAUAAUGAGAGAGACACGGUGGAGAACGUGAAAGGAAACUCGGACGUCCCGUGGAAUUACAAUCAGCGGGAUGAGAAGAAAUCGAGCGGAAACGAGAUGCGGCUCGUAAUCGUCGUCGGAUUGUUAGCGGUGACCGUUAUCGCCCUUGUCGUAGCACUGACUUUGCAGAUGGCGGUCUUUAGCAAAGAAGAGUACAAGGAGAUGUGCCAGAACGAGGAAUGCAUUAAGACAGCGGCGCGAGUAAUAGGCGCGAUGAACAGAUCCGUGGAUCCUUGCAAGGACUUCUACAACUUCGCCUGCGGCGGCUGGAUCAACAAACAUCCAAUUCCUCAGAGUCAGAGCUUCUGGGAUCAAUUAAGUCUGCUCAGGGAGGAACUUCUGCAGAAUUUGAGGAUUCUACUAGAGGAAUCGGAUAAGGAUAACGAUCUCAAACCGGUGAAACAGGCACGGGCCCUUUACAGGACCUGCAUGGAUGUCGCGACUGUCGAGGCUCUAGGAUUGGAACCCAUCUUCGAGGUACUCGAUAGCCUAGGUUUGCCGAAAGAGCCGCCGAAGCAGGGUAAAAUACCCUCUCUAGACAUAUCGAGAGUGUCUGGUAUAGGCCAACGAAUGCUAGGCUUGAAUCUCUUUAUCAAUUUUUACAUCAGCGAAGACGUUAAGGACACCACGAGGAAUCGGAUGAUGUUGGAGCAAGUGUCCCCCGGAUUUAGUGAGCGUUACUUAUUGGAUCCGCGGCGUUUCCAAUCAGAACUGUUGGAAUAUAAAAAGUACAUAAAGUCCAUGGUCGAGCUAGCGGGGGCUGGUAACAUGAGUGCGAAUUACGCUAACGAGAUUUUAGAGUUUGGCACGAAACUCGCUAAGAUCAUGGCGACGAACGAGGAACGGCGCAGUUCGGAUCAUCUCAUUCACGAGGUGACUAUCGACGAUCUGCAACAGCUCACGGAUUUACGCGGGCAGCAGUGGAAUUGGACAAGGUACUUGGAUGCCGUGUUCGAGAAUACAAACGUCACCAUAAAUCCGACCGAGGAUCGAGUUAUCGUUGUGGACCUACAGUAUUUGCAAAAACUGCCGGUGUUACUGGCCGCCACUCCACCCGCCACAAUAGUGCGAUACGUCUGGUGGAGCGUAUACGCGACCGUUGCCCCUCUGACGCUGCAGAAGUUCCGCGAUCUCGGCUUCCAAUUCUCGCAGAAGAUCUUCGGUCUGAAGGAGAAGACACCGCGUUGGAAGGGAUGCACCGGGAAUGUCAACGCGAACUUCGGCAUGGCACUGAGUUACAUUUACGCGCAGAGACAUUUCAAUCAGCAGGCACGAGAAAAGGCGUUGGAGAUGCUUUCGGAUAUCAGGGCGGCGUUCGACGAAAUGGUCAUGGAGGUGGAUUGGAUGGAUGCCGGCACAAGAGCUCGAGCCCAUAAAAAGUUGCACGCGAUGAGGCCGUUCGUAGGAUUUCCCGACUGGAUCACUGAUUCAAAAGAGCUAGACAAGUUUUUCGAAGGAGUGGAGGUGAUUGAUGGAAAGCUGUUCGAAAGUUUUCUAAAACUAACUGACGUGGCGAUGAAAAAGAGCUUCAAUAAUUUACGCGAGAAGCCUGAUAGGAGCAGAUGGAUAUCGACGGGCACGACAGUGAACGCGUUUUACAGCGCGAUAUUAAACUCAGUCACUUUUCCAGCUGGCAUCCUGCAUCCUCCGUUUUAUGGCAAUGGAUUGGAGUCUAUUAAUUAUGGCGCUAUGGGGGCGAUCAUGGGCCAUGAGCUUACACACGGUUUUGAUGAUCAAGGUCGUCGGUACGAUGAGAACGGGAAUCUACGGCAAUGGUGGAGCGACGAGACGUUACGACAUUAUCACGAGAAAGUACAGUGUAUGAUAGAGCAGUACAGCAGUUAUCAUUUGCCGGAGCUGGGCGAUAAUUUCACGGUGAACGGCAUCAAUACUCAGGGUGAAAAUAUCGCCGACAAUGGCGGCAUCAGGGAAGCUUACAGGGCGUAUCAAAGGCUGAUUGCACGCAAUCCGUAUCAGCAAGCUCUACCAGGACUUGUCGACUAUAGCAACGAGCAACUCUUCUUCUUAGGUUUCGCACAGGUCUGGUGCGGCAAUUAUACGAACGGGGCAUUGAAGUCCAAAGUGAUAGAAGGUGUUCACGCGCCAAAUCAUUUUCGAGUCAUUGGCACGCUGUCGAACAAUGCAGAGUUUGCAAAGGCCUGGAAAUGCCCGCUUGGUAGUCCAAUGAACCCGUCGCAUAAGUGCAUAUUGUGGUAGACAUCUUUCGAGCGAUACGAAACGUAACGACGCCUAGAAACUGUUAUCUCGGUACCUAAUCUCUCUCUCUCUCUAGUGACAGAAGAAGACGUUGGUGCAGUGAUAAGUUUAAGAAAUUGUAAAUAGACUGAUUUAUAAUUAUAGGAACUAGCGAGUAAUUUAUUAAGCACUUAAGCGCUUUAUUCUUAGUUUUAAGUUUAUCAUGUAAAUAUCACACGGAUGAAAAAAAAAUUAACUUUUAUAAAGAGA